GGACAAGGUCCGAAGAGGCGACGAUUGUCUCUUCUGAUUGGCGGAUUCAAUCAAUUUUGGCAUUUUGGGUUUGCCGCUUUUGUCCUCCAAAAUUCUAUUCUCCCACCCUCCUCCGCGCGCGUGCUGCCCAGACGCUUCCUUUGCCUCAUCUCCAUGAUUAAGAGGGGGAAAAAAAGAAGAAGAAGAAAGGUAACAUAAAAGCAGAGUGAGAGAUUGGGUUAAUGAUUGCUUCGGAGGAGCCGUUGAUUCGUCGCCGGUGGGAAGAGGACACGUUAAGGCCGUGCGCACUCUAGUCGCACUCUAUCCUUCGCCGCUGCGGGAGGUGAGGAGAGGAUAGCUGAUGGCCGAGUUGGCCCAGUCGGAGGUCUACGCUCCGGCGCCGAUGCCACUGCAAUUGUGGCGAACAGUGUUGAACUGGUUGGCGUUCUUUUUCCAGAUCUUCGUUCAGAUCCUCAGGGCCAGGCCUUCGGUGGCGCAGGUUCUCUCUUCCUCGUCUUCUCUUCCUUUCAAGCCUUUACCUGUCGUCGAAUUGCCGGAGCAAGAGCCGCCGGCCGCAACCCUACAGAUCACCGGCAGUAGUGACGACGACACUGACGCCGAUGACGGCGAUCGUCUGCGUCUGCAGAAGCUCACGGUGGUUCUUGACUUGGAUGAAACUCUAGUAUGUGCAUAUGAAUCCUCUAGCUUACCUGCUGUUCUCCGUAAUCAGGCGAUAGAAGCUGGGUUGAAGUGGUUUGAACUGGAAUGCCUAUCUUCAGACAAGGAAUGUGAAGGAAAGCAAAAGGUCAAUUAUGUUACGGUGUUUGAACGUCCAGGACUGCAAGAAUUCUUAAAGCAAACUAGCGAAUUUGCAGAUCUUGUGCUAUUUACUGCCGGUCUUGAAGGUUAUGCAAGACCACUGGUUGACAAAAUUGACAUUGAAAAUCGAUUUGGUCUUCGACUUUAUCGGCCUUCAACAAUCAGCACGGAAUACCGAGAGCAUGUGAAGGAUCUAUCCUGCCUAUCAAAGGACCUCCGUCGAAUUGUGAUCGUUGACAACAACCCAUUCAGUUUCUUGUUGCAACCAUUGAAUGGAAUUCCAUGCAUUCCAUUUUCUGCAGUACAACCACAUGAUGAACAGCUUCUGGAAGUAAUCCUCCCUCUGCUCAAACAUCUCUCUACAGAGAAGGAUGUGAGACCCGUUCUCUCUGAAAGAUUCCAUAUGCCUGAAUGGUUUCAAAAGCACGGAAUCCCUGCUUCUGGCUGCACAUUGUAGGAUAGAGCUUGCAAAUGAUGCAAGCACAAAUCUCCUUGCAGCAAACAAAAGGCUUUAAUUUUUCGCGCAACUCAUCAUUGGAAUGGGGGCCUUUGUAUCACAUGUACUUGUCCACCCAUGACAUUGGGAAGGCCCGACUUUUCGGAGUCCUAUUUUGAAGCCUUUUCAGUUCCAAAGCUGCUGUUGGCUGCUGCAUCCUCAGUAGAAUAGGUUUGCCAUUCAAGCUGUUGACUGCUGUGUCCAUCCCUGGAUUACACUUGCCAUUCAUGAAAAAUUAUUAGAAGCUUGAUUUAAUGUAACCUUGUUUAUAGGCUUGCAUUCUUGUCAGAUAUUGCUCAUGUAUGUUUCAACAUCUGUAAAUCUGUACUCAGCCAAUAAUUACUUUUUCUGAUUA